AUGUCGGCAACUGCAACUAUCGAUGCCACCAGCCAGGACGGCGACAAUGAGUCCAUUGAGCGAAUACUGUUGGCAUGUGCGCUAUUACGCAGUCGGCAACAAAUGACUGCUGAUGUGGCUUUCACUGCUCAUAUCGAAAAUGCUGUCAGCUCGCGGUCUGUUCAACUCAAUUUGGACAUUGAUGAGCAGGUUGCUGUUGGCAGCCUCAUAAGCCAGAUCGAGAACCUGACGAUACAUCAAUCGAACGUCUCCGGGACCGAUGAACAGGGAAACGGACAGCCAGACAAGGAUCAAGACCUUCUUUUCAAGCUUACAGGAUCCUGCUGGCACAUCCAAGGCGACUUUUCCAUGUCUUAUGCGACUUCCUUCGAACAGACUUUGCAGCAUGUCUACAGACAGAUCUGUGAAUCACCACCAGAGUGUAUGGUCUCAAGCAUUGAGGUAGUGGGAAAGGAAGAUAUCAGGUGGCUACUCGACAAUUCUGUCAAAGAAGUGCCUCCGGCCAAUCCAUUGGACGGCGCAGCUCUGUUCCAGCAAUGCAUAGCAGAAUGGCAUCAGGAUGUUGCCGUCGACGCGUGGGAUGGCAGGCUGACCUAUGCGGAACUGGACAAGGGAUCUACAAGACUUGCGGCACUUUUGAUAGCACGAGGUGUACGACCUGGUACCGUACUGCCGCUGCUUUUUCAGUACUCGAAAUGGGUGGUGAUAUCAGUGCUAGCAACUUGGAAAGCCGGAGCAGCAUUUGUGUUUAUUGAUCCGACGCAUCCGCCAACACGAAUUCGCAAUCUGGUGCAGCAGGUUCAAGCUCCAUUUGUUCUCACGCAGCGGGACCUGUCUCCUGAUAUCGAGCUGGGCGGCGAUGUGCGGAGUCUAGUGCUUGAAAGCAUGAAAGCAGAAGUGGACGACCUCAGUGGCAAUACCGAGAUCUCGCUACCUUCCGUGGAUCCUGAGUCUCCAGCAUACAUAAUCUUCACAUCUGGAAGCACCGGACAACCAAAGGCAGCGGUGCACACACAUCUGGCUUUCUGUUCUGGUGCUCUUCAUCAAGCAGAAUUGCUUGGAUUCUCUCGCACGACCCGCACGAUCGAGAACGCACCUCUCAUCUUUGCUGGAGCUAUACCCGAGCUUUUGUUCACGAUACUGAGAGGCGGCUGUCUGUGCAUAGCCACGCUAGAGGAUCGAACAAAAGAUAUCGCCGCUUGUGUGCGCAAAUUUCAGACCAAUAUGCUCGUGAUUUCGUCUUCGGUAGCGGCAGCGCAGGAUCCUGCUCAAUUUGUCCCUCGACAGAGAUUAUUAAUGGGCGCAGAAUCGCUACCUUCACACACCGCGAAAGCGUGGGCAGCAUCGCACGACAAUUGCAAUGGAUAUGGCUCGACCGAAACGAAUACAGUAGCUACCUGCUGUCCAAUCAACAGUACUGAGUCCGUGAAGAAUGUGGGACGUGGAGCAGCUCAUCAGUACUGGGUUGUCGAUGCCUUGGAUUAUAAUCGUCUCUUGCCACCUGGCUGGCUUGGAGAAGUGAUCGUCGAAGGUCACGCACUUGCUGCUGAGUAUCUGGGCAAUCCUGAAGCCACGAACAAAGCCUUUCCUCCUGUACCAAGAUGGGUUCCGAUGGUGCGUGGUCAGAAGCCAUGCACAACUAGAUUCUUCAGAACAGGUGACCUCGGAAGGAUAGCCGAAGACGGUGGCCUCGAAGUUCAUGGACGUACGGAUCCAUUGCAGGUCAAGCUGCGAGGUCAGAGAAUCGAGCUGGGCGAAAUAGAGGCAGUCACCAUUCAGAGCUUCGAGAAGACGCCUCUUGUGGCUGAACUCAUUCAUCCUAAAGGCCAGGAUCGACCCUCUAUUGCUCUCUUCUUUGUCGCUACGACUUGGGUUGAGGCGCUUGGAGAUGACUUCUUCGAGAAGAGUAUUUCUUUGAGCGAGAGUCAGAGAUUGCAAUUAGAACAGGUCAGGGAAAGCCUAGUGAAAGCAUGGGACGACUCUCUGCCAGCCUACAUGAAACCUUCUUAUCUUGUGCCACUGUCCAAGCUGCCGCGCACGCAGACUGGAAAGCUCGACAGGAAAGGUCUCCGAGAAAUGGCAUCACGGUAUGAGGCGGCUGAUAUAAGCAGUUUGUCCACAAGACAGAAUGCCUUACGAAGCUCGGGACAGCCGAGCGUGGAAAUCGAUGACCGAGUCCGCGAUGCUGUUUGUCAGGUCCUGUCUAUCGCGCCCGACCAGCUGGAUGGUCGCUCUGCUUUUACAGUAUUGGGCGGAGACUCACUGGGCGCGAUUGAGCUAGCUCAAGAGUUGCGGUGUCGUGGCCUCUUGAUCUCUCCGGCGGACAUCAUCAGAGCAGACAGCCUGCAAUCUCUUACUGAGUAUGCUGAGGAGAAUGCGGCUGUCACCAAUGGCGACAGGCAUGCUAUGGAUGUGACAAUCGAUGGAAUUGAGCGAGACCAUUUGCUUCAGAGGCUUCAUCUGUCCGCCGACCAGGUAAAGGAAGUUCUACCUACCACAGACUCGCAAAGCCGCGCGAUCAAGCUUGCCACAGGCCCGGAAAGGUCGUUCGUGUAUCACUUUAUCCUCGAUCUCUCUGGCACGGUUGACAAUGCCAAGCUUGAGAGCAGUCUACAGAGGCUGGUAGCUCGACACGAUAUUCUUCGGACGCUGUUCACCGACUUGGAUGGCCAGAUCUUGCAGGUUGUCCUCAACGAGGCUCAGGAUAUUCCGCAAUUCAAGAAUGUCGAGAGUCGAUCGGCACUGCAAUCGACCAUCGACGAAUUGACUGCAGGCGACGUUCUGAUUGAUCGGGUGCCCACCAAAAUCUUUGUACUGUUGGUCGAGAAUACUGCAAAAUGUCUGGUAUUCCGCUUAUCCCAUGCUCAGUUUGAUGGACUAUCAAUCCCUAAUUUAUGGUCCAGUCUGCAACAAUGUUACGAUGAUCAAAAUACACCUCCUGCUCCAGAAUAUUCGAGUUACAUCAAGGAGAUACUCGGGGCAGAUCCAAAGCCGGCGAUCGAAUAUUACACACAGCUUCUCCGGGACGUACCAUUUACCGACCUCGUCAAGAGGGAGACAAAAGAUCAUGAGCCACAGAAUUGUCAUCGGCAUGCAAUCUUGAUGUUGAAGCAAAGCGUUGGCUAUACAGCAGCCACUGUGUUCGAAGCUGCGUGGAGUUACGUCCUCGCUUCAGCUUCGGCAUGUCGUGCCGUUGCUUUCGACCAGGUCGUCUCUGGACGGCAGCUUUCGCCCCACUCAAAUGUCGACGUUCGCAACCUUGUCGGUGCUUGUCUGAACGAUGUUCCCGUUGUGGUGAAGCAUCUGCCCAGACAAACGGUACAUAUGUUGAUGAAGCAGAUCCAGGACGAGCGAGCUGCGUCUGCCAAAUACGAAACACUCGGCUUCACCAAGAUCUUGGGCACAUGCACACCGGAUCACUGGCCGGCAGACGCGAGGAUGACAAGCAGCGUCCAGUAUCGAGGUUUCGAAGAGAGGAAAAGCUUUCAGCUCGGCGAUGCCAAUUGCGAGGCCAGCAUGGUUGAGCGAAGUAUGGACCUCGAGGACCUAACUGUUGUGGUGACACCGCAGCGAGGAGAAGAGUCCUACAGCUAUGAUGUUGAAUUCCUCUUCUCGGACAGAGUGGUUAGUCACGAGCAAGCUGAUCAUUGGUUUCAACAGUUCAUACGAGCCUUUGAAGCAUUUACAUCCGACGAUGCUCCGGAGAAAGAGGUGGAAAUACUGCUAGGAUGUAUCGCUAAGGACUAA